UGUGUGUGUGUGUGUGUGUGUGUGUGUGUGAGAGUGAGUGAGUGAGUGAGUGAGUGAGUGAGUGAGUGAGUGAGUGAGUGAGUGAGUGAGUGAGUGAGUGAGUGAGUGAGUGAGUGAGAGUUUGAACUGGACCCCGACCGAAGAGGAUCUAUGAUGACGGCCAGGACCCAGGCAGCACCGGGCCGGGACAAAGUAUUGUCGAAGAGUCGAACAACAGAGAGGGUGUUGCGGGUGAGGCGGGCGCUCUGGUUGGUUGUGAGCAUGCUCGGUCUGUCCCUGCUGCUGGUGCUGCUGGGAGUUUACACCACGACCCGAACAGAGAGCCUGAACCUCAGCGGCUACAUCUCCGGAUGCAUUCUGACUCUGGGAUCCUUCCUGGGACUUCUGGGACUCUGUCUGGAAGAAAACCGCAGACAGCUGCUGACUGCCGCGAUAGUUUUCCUCAGCGUCGGAGUCAUCGGCGCGUUCCUGUGCGUGGUGAUUGAUGGCGUCUGGAUUGUGUUUAACAUGGACAUGCGUCCGCUGAAAGCAGGCAGAUGCCAGUACUACAGCAGCGGGAACAGCUACGUCUACGAGAACUUCUACACCUCUGUGGCGUGUUGGAGUCCGAAGGAGUCGUGUAGCAUGACGGUACGUAGCGGGACCUGCUACUGCUGCGACCUGUACGACUGCGCCAAUGGAGGCUACCUCAACAACUACUACGAGUUUGUUGGAGUGAAAAGCUGCGAGGAAGUUUUCACUCUGUACGUUUUAAUCUGGAUCCUCGCCGGCCUGAACCUCGCGGCCUUCUUCGCGGGAAUCCUCACCACGGCGGUGCUCGGCAGCGUCAAAGACCUUAGGAGCAGCAGCAGUGUGAGCGAGUCCUCUGAGAGCGCAGCGUCUUCCCCAACAGCUCCCCUGCUGAUGGAAGCCAACACACACCCAGCUCACCAGCUCCACGCGGGAUCCUCGAUGUGCUUCCCUGUAUCCUCACCUCCUCACCCAGACUCUCACCCUCCGGCCUCCCCCCCUCUCACCAGCAUGCUGCCUUACUCUGCAUGAGCUCCCUCAACAUAGGAACACAAAUGGGACACGUUUUUUAAUAUCCGCUGAUGUGAUUCUUACAGUAGGCCUAUGUCUGAAUAUUAUGCAAAGACUCUAUAAUUUCCCUAAAACUAAGGCAAGUAUUAUAUUAUAUUUGACUGUACUGUGCACAUGAAAUGUUAUGUAAUAUAAAAGAACCGACUGUAUUACUUCACCAGAUGUCAGUGAAAACAAACACAGAAUUGAAUGAUUUAAAUGAUCAAUAGUCACAAACAGUUUCUGUAAUAAAUACUAAUAUUAUGAUGUUGUGUAAUAAGGUUUGAUUCAUGCCCUUUAAAGCCUUUCCCUUACUGGACUAUAUAAUUGAGCAUAUGGUGUGUAAAAUACAGAAUAUAUAUCGCUGCAUUUGCCAGGAAAAGAAACGCAGAUAAACAUCUAAACCACAGAAACAUCUUCAGACAUGUUGGAGAUAUUCUUUGUUUCCGUUUAUUCAAAUGUGUCUAUAUUUCAAGCGUCUUGAUUCCCCUUUUUGCAUAACGAGUGUUCGCUGAGUUAGAGGACAGCAUUAAUGAUUUAGCAAUCAACACACGUGUGUUUAACGGGAGCGACACGCAGUUUGAUGACUGUAAAACGUUAGCUGUCAUGAGCAUCAUUAUCAGACGUUUGUUUGUUUUGCAUGCAACCUGUAUUUUAAAUAAGCAGAAUCAGAAUCAGAAUACUUUCUUGGGUUUUGUGACAGUUUCUCCACUCCUGAAUGAAAUCAAUCAAAAAGAUACACAUUGAAUAGAACAUGUACAUACGCAUAAGAAGUUCAAGUGUAAAUGUGCAAUUUAAACAUGUAAUACAAUAAAGAUAUAUAUGAAAUAUGA